AUGAUCGUUUGGCUCCAACUGCCAGGCCUACCGAUCCACUUCUACCACAAAGAGGUCUUAAUUUCUAUUGGCAAUCUGGUUGGUCGGACAAUCAAGCUUGAUUACCACACACUGAACCAACAAAGAGCUAAAUUCGCACGCCUUGCUGUAGAAAUCGAUCUGGAAAAACCCCUGGUUCCUCGAAUUCACCUCGAUGGGGAAUGGCAGAAGAUUGAAUACGAAAAUCUCCCGGAGGUGUGCUUCGAAUGUGGCAAAGUGGGUCACUCAUCAGUCUCCUGUCCUCAAAUCCGUUCAGUUUCUCAAACGGGUGCUCUGACGGUAGCCGGAUUGUUGGGAGCGGACAGCUCCGACGCGACGACGGUGGAGGAACCCAGCGCAAGCUUCGGCCCCUGGAUGAUAGUUACCAAGAAAAGCAGACGAAAUAUCCGGGAUCAGAACCGGAAAGGAAAGGAGGAUUCAGAGGAAGGAAAACUUAUUCAGGGAAAUGGGAGCAAAAAUGGAAGGAUGAACUCGGCAAAAAAGGAAGGUGGAGAUGGGGUUGGACGACUCUCUCAUAUUCCCCAGGCUUCCCAACGGACAAAUACAGCAGAGAGUAAGAAUGUGACUGUUGGUAGGACAAAGGACGAGAUCAGAAAAGGCAAGGAGAAGAUUGGCAUGACUUCUCCAACGGCUGCUAAAGGCCUGCUGGGUCCCGGCCCUUCUCUCCCCAACGGGCCUGGGCCUAAGCCUCUGUCUAGUCCAACAGAGGCCUCCUCCUCACAUGCCUGUAGAGAAGUCUCCACUACGCAUGGGCCCGUUCAUCAAACCAAUGGUCCCAUACAACCAGAACUUGCUGUACCCAUUCAGUCCUUGAUUGGGCCCAAUGGAACUGAAAUGCAAAUUAUUUCAGCCCAACAACCCUGCUUCAAACCUCUCUCGGAGACAAGCCCCAAGCGGCCGGAUUUAGGAAGGAAGCAGAAGCAGGAGAAAUCGUCCAAGUCCCGAUCCCGCAAAUUUUCUCCGGUGAAACAGAAUCCGCUCAAGCCGCUGCAGAUAUGGUCUCCGAUGAAGGAGAAGAAGAGUAAAACAAAAUCACGGCUGGCCACCCUCACCCUUGAGGAAAUUAAUGACUGGACCAAGGGGGGGAAAGAAGCAGCAUCGAUGGAUUUGAAGAAAGUAGCUCUGCCGGGCGCAACCGCUCUGGGGGCUACUGUUUCGGAGAACCAAGCAGCUCCCCCUCCCACCUAA